AGGAUGUGAGGGGAGAAGGAGGAGAAGAAGGAGGAGGUCUGCGGUCAGUCUGCUGCGGUGUAACCCAACUUUGGUUUGGAAACUCCUCAGCGAUGCCUGUCAAACUCCGCUGGUGCUGCUGCGCAUUGUUGCACUCGGAUUCCUCCUGCGGCGGGGUGUUGUAGGAAGAUCAAUUAAUUAAGCAAUUAAGAAGAUUGUUUCUUUUGGAAGCUGCUGUUUGCAACGAGCACAAGUUGCAGAAGCGAGUGCGCGCACGGACUCCUUCUGGAUUCCAAGUGUUUGUUUUUCUCUCAGGACGAUUCAACAUGUCUCUGAGCAGGAGCAUCGAGUUCGAGCACUUCGAGGAGAAGCUGCAGAGGACCCCCAGGACCCCCUCGGGCCCCGGGUCCGUGCCCCCGGGCUCCAGGGGCCACGGAGCGAUCCCCAGCCCGGCGCACAGCGCGCACUGCAGCUUCUACCGGACCCGCACCCUGCAGUCUCUCACCUCCGAGAAGAAAGCCAAGAAGGUGCGAUUCUACCGCAACGGGGACAAGUAUUUCAAAGGGCUGGUGUACGCAGUGUCCCACGACCGGUUCCGGUCCCUGGACGCGCUGCUGAUGGAGCUCACCCGGUCCCUGUCGGACAACGUCCACCUGCCCCAGGGGGUCCGGAGCCUGUACGUGCUGGACGGGGGCCGGAGGGUCAGCAGCCUGGAGGAGCUAGUGGAGGGUGAGAGUUACGUGUGCGCCUCCAACGAACCCUUCCGACGUGUGGACUACGCCAAGAACGUCAACCCCAACUGGUCGGUGGGCUGCAAGACCGGCACCUCGCGCUCCCUCUCCUGCCUCAUGCAGCUGGUGCAGCGCGAGUCCAAGGACUUCAUCAAGCCCAAGCUCGUCACCGUGAUCCGCAGCGGCGUCAAACCGCGCAAGGCGGUUCGGAUUCUGCUCAACAAGAAGACGGCGCACUCCUUCGACCAGGUGCUCACCGACAUCACCGAGGCCAUCAAGCUGGACUCUGGAGCCGUGAGGAGGCUGUACACGUUGGAGGGCAAGCAGCUCACCUGCCUGCAGGACUUCUUCGGGGACGAUGACGUGUUCAUCGCGUGCGGCCCGGAGAAGCACCGCUACGCCCAGGACGACUUUGUGUUGGAUCUCAGUGGUAAGGCUUCCACAGCCUUUAUGACUGAAUGCAGAGUGCUGAAGUCAUCGUACGGCCGCUCAGCGACUCCCAACCGAGCGGCUAAGAGCCCCGGACCCUCACGACGCAGCAAAUCCCCCGGAGCAGUGAGACGAGCCGUCCACUACUCCACCAGUCAGUCUCCCAUCAAAUCCCCAGUAAACGGCGUCUCGAGCAGCCAUAUCUCCUCCAAGUCCACCAAGUCCUCCACUCCGUCUCCCACCAGCCCCCGACCCAGCCCAUGUUUUACGCAGAUCCCUCCAUCACAUCACAUCUCCUCCACUAAUGUCAACGGCUCAAUGAACAACCACCAAGAGCAAAGCAACCAACUGAGUCCAGAGGUUAACGGCAACCGCUGCCUCCCUUCCAGCCCCAUUCUGGAGAAAUACGAAGUCGGGAAGGUCAUCGGAGACGGUAACUUCGCCGUGGUGAAGGAGUGUGUGGAGAGGUCCACAGGAAAAGAGUUUGCACUGAAGAUCAUCGACAAGGCCAAGUGCAGCGGAAAGGAGCACCUGAUCGAGAACGAGGUGGCCGUGCUGCGGAGGGUGAAGCACCCCAACAUCAUCAUGCUGGUGGAGGAGGUGGACACGGCCUCCGAGCUCUACCUGGUCAUGGAGCUGGUCAAGGGAGGAGAUCUGUUUGACGCCAUCACCUCCUCGACCAAAUACACGGAGAGAGACGGCAGCAUCAUGAUCUACAACCUGGCCGGAGCUCUGAAGUAUCUGCACAGCAUGAACAUCGUCCACAGGGACAUCAAACCAGAGAACCUGCUGGUGUUUGAAUAUCCAGAUGGCAGCAAGUCCCUGAAGCUGGGGGACUUCGGCCUGGCCACGGUGGUGGAGGGGCCCCUGAACACCGUGUGUGGCACGCCCACGUACGUGGCCCCAGAGAUCAUCUCAGAGUCCGGUUACGGUCUGAAGGUCGAUAUCUGGGCUGCAGGCGUCAUCACCUACAUCCUCCUGUGUGGAUUCCCUCCGUUCAGAAGUGAGAGUAACUUACAAGAGGAGCUGUUUGACCAGAUCCUCCAGGGUCGACUGGACUUUCCCAGUCCUUACUGGGACAACAUCACCGACUCAGCCAAGGAGCUGAUUGGAAAAAUGCUGCAGGUCAACGUUGAGGCUCGAUACACAGCACAGGACGUCCUCUCCCACCCAUGGGUCACGGACGACGCCGUCAUGGAGAACAACAUGAAGAUGGAGGUGACAGGUAAACUGAAGACGCACUUUAACACGGCGCCGAAGCACAACAACACCACAGCCGGUGUGUCCAUCAUCAUGAACACGGCUCUCGAUAAGGAGACGCUCCAGCUUCCUGCUCGUCGCCACCAGGUCCCCUCCUCCCCCCCGAUCCCCCCGGCCUCUCCAACCGAACCACCAUCACACGCCAAAGCACCAGAACCUGCCGACGCCACGCUGACCACACCUGUGCCUGACCACGAGCCUCCCUGCUCUCAGCCUCCCAGUGAAGACGACCCGUCACCCGCUCAACUUCCUCUCCCCCCCCCCUCCGCUCCAUCACCCUUUGCCGAAUCGUUCCCAGUGGCACCGCUUCCUGUCCCCCCCCCUCAUGAGUCUGGAUCCCCCUCCGACCCCCCUGCUGUUUCCUGUCCUUCCCCUUCAUCUCCUCCCGAACCAGCUUCCCUCUCUCCCUCCUCUUCUCCCACCGAAGAAUCACCGCACUCAGAACCAGCUUCCCCAUCCUCCGUCAAACCUGCUGUGUUCCUCCCUCUGUCUUCCCCCCCUUCUCCCCUCCAUCCGACCCUGUUUCCCUCUCCUCCGUCUACUCCGCCCCGGUCCAUGACCCCGCCCUCUCCAUCCGAUCCUCCCAGCCCUCCGCCCCCUGAGGAGCUGAUAGAGGUUUAAAGGUGUGGUUACCUUCACUCCUCCUGUUUCCACACACACACACACACACACACACACACACACACACACACACGUAUGAUUAGACGUGAGGAGAGUGAACCUCCACCUCCAGCUUCUCCCUGUAUCUGUAGCCUGAGCCAGUGACUGCUGCGUCCACUCCUCCUUUCCUCACUCCUUCUCUCAGACGGAGGACGGGAGGUAUUUUUCCAGAGUGUGUGAAAAACGAGUUGAUUGUGUAUAUAUAGGUUUGUAUUUAUUAACGGAGGAUGUGGAUGAAGGGAAUGAAAUGAAACCCCCUGUGCUCUGAGUGGUUGUCCUCGGACUGUAUCACAUCAAUGUGAAUUAUUUUUCCUUUAUUUCUUGUUCCUGUGGCUCUUCUGUAAAUAUCCGUCAAACACAAACAUCCCCGAAACAAAGAUUUCAAAUGUCCCAAUGUGUUUUUGGCACAUUUAUAUUUCACCAUACCAACCAUAACCACCGACAGUAUUUUCUCUUUGCUCAUGAAAACCACAAAUCUACAAUGUGAUGUACAAAAUAAAGGUAAAAGUACCAAGCAGCUAAUAACAGUGAAGGAAGUUCCUUGACUUUCUGUCUGUAGAAGUGAAGAUUAACUGUUAAAUCUGCUCAGACUCUAAGUUUAAAUCACAGAAACAAGCUCAAGAUCAUUUUCUGUUGCUUCCUGUGCAGCUUGUUCUCAUCCUGUAACAAAGAUGACUCGUCACACGCUGCAUAAACCAAAGACACUUUUCAUAUAAACACUGAAGAUAAACAAUUGUCAAAAUCAAUCAUAAUAAUAUUUGCUAUAUUUCAAUUAUAUCUUAUGAGCAUCUCACAGGUGAAAAUAUCUCAUUGAGAAAUGUUUGUUUGUGGUGCUCGGUUUUAAAAAUACUAUUUUUUCUUUCAAACACUAUCCCUGAUAAUCUGAAGAAUUCCAAAAAAACUAAUGUAUAUCAGAAGUAUUUAGUAUUUAACGUACAGCUUCUGUGAAAUGAGCGUCUGGAACAUUGUUUAAGUUGAAUCCUUUAAGGCUCUUAUCACCACAAACUAAAUCCCUUCCAGCAACAUUGUGCAACUUCUACUGAGCAGCAGCGCCCCCUGCAGCUUCAAAUGGUUAUUAAUUCAGUUUUUCAUGAAGGGAAGAGUAGAGUCCAUCAAUGUGAUGCUCUGACUUUGUCGCCCCUCUCGCUGAGCUGAAACACAACUGAAAGGUGGAUAUGACCCAUGAUCCCCGACUUCCUGAAAAAAUGCAGCAAACUGAUAUUCAAAAGUUUUCCGAUUGAAGAUUAAGACGUCAUUUUAACUAGUCUAAAGUUUGCAGUUACUCUUUAACUUGCUGAGGCUGAUUCUGGUCAUUUAAUCUGCGCCAGUCGGAGAUCAAAUCCACUGGAGGGAAAAAGAAAGAGGAAACAUUCUUUCUAUUCCAAGUGGAAGUGGAUAUUUUAAGUUAAAAAGUUGCAUAGUGUUGACAAGAAAAAAAAUAUCCUUGUCAAGUCAUUUUGUAAAUGACUUUUGAAUCCCCUUGUGUUUAAGACUUACUGACAUUCAAUUACACAAUAACUGUCAUUUAUUAUUUAAAAAAUGUUGUUUUUCAUAAUGUGAAGCAACUUUUCUUUUCAAUGUGAAGUUUCUGCUGCGACGGACAAGAUGCACAUACUGGUUCGAUCCCAGUGUCGGUUCAGAGACUUUCCCACUGGUGACCACACGCUGACGAGCUGCAUGAGACUCAACGCUGCUCCUCUCGUUUGAUCUUUAUAAAUAUGUCGGCUUUACCAAGUAGGGAUGAAUGUGUUGUCAUGGCGACAGGUGUGUGUGUGCUUCACGAUGCCUUUAUCAGAACCAACCUGUGCAUCCUCAGUUUAUCUCUAAGUGGUUUGUGUUUCUCGCUGGUUUUAAACUGCUCAGCUGGUGUUAGUGGUGUCGACUCCUCCUGCUCUCAGCUGCAUGAAGACAACCCCCCCCCCCCCCCCUGCUCAGUCAGGUUGGUCACUGAGCUCCUCUUCCGUAUUCCUUCUUAGUUUCCUAUGCUUUGUCAUAGCAGUUUGUAAAAAAAGGGAAAUUUGUAUGAAGAAAAACAGGUAGAGCUGAAACUGGAGUUUUUAAAUUAGACUUAGAGCUUUUAAUGUCCCACUGUUUGAAAACGGCAGCACGAGGAUUAAAUGAAUAAAACUAAAAAUGCAAUAAAGACUUGAAAAUGAACAA